CACGUGACCCACCGGGUCACAUGGCUCGCGGAACAACAUGGCUGCGCCCGCACUAGGGCUGGUUUGUGGACGCUACCCUGAGUCGGGUCGCGUCCUCUUGCUGCUGCUGCUCUCGCUGCUGUGUGGAGCGGCAGGGAGCGAGGAGGCCGGGACCAGUGCGGUCGCGGGGUCCCUUGCGGGUUCUUGCGGCUGCGGCACGCCCCAGCGGCCUGGCGUCCAUGGCAGUUCGGGAGCCGCUCACCGAUACUCGCGGGAGGCUAACGCUCCGGGCUCCGUACCCGGAGAGCGGCCGCUCGCGCACUCAAAGAUGGUCCCCAUCCCUGCCGGAGUAUUUACAAUGGGCACAGAUGAUCCUCAGAUAAAGCAGGAUGGGGAAGCACCUGCGAGGAGAGUUACUAUUGAUGCCUUUUACAUGGAUGCCUAUGAAGUCAGUAAUGCUGAAUUUGAGAAGUUUGUGAACUCAACUGGCUAUUUGACAGAGGCUGAGAAGUUUGGCGACUCCUUUGUCUUUGAAGGCAUGUUGAGUGAGCAAGUGAAGACCAAUAUUCAACAGGCAGUUGCAGCUGCUCCCUGGUGGUUACCUGUGAAAGGCGCUAACUGGAGACACCCAGAAGGGCCUGACUCUACUAUUCGGCACAGGCCGGAUCAUCCAGUUCUCCAUGUCUCCUGGAAUGAUGCGGUUGCCUACUGCACGUGGGCAGGGAAGCGGCUGCCCACGGAAGCCGAGUGGGAAUACAGCUGUCGGGGAGGCCUGCACAAUAGACUUUUCCCCUGGGGCAACAAACUGCAGCCCAAAGGCCAGCAUUAUGCCAACAUUUGGCAGGGCGAGUUUCCGGUGACCAACACUGGCGAGGACGGCUUCCAAGGAACUGCGCCCGUUGAUGCCUUCCCUCCCAAUGGUUAUGGCUUAUACAACAUAGUGGGGAACGCGUGGGAAUGGACUUCAGACUGGUGGACCGUUCAUCAUUCUGUUGAAGAAACGCUUAACCCGAAAGGUCCCCCUUCUGGGAAAGACCGGGUGAAGAAAGGUGGAUCCUACAUGUGCCAUAGGUCCUAUUGUUACAGGUAUCGCUGUGCUGCUCGUAGCCAGAACACACCUGAUAGCUCUGCUUCGAAUCUGGGAUUCCGCUGUGCGGCCGACCGCCUGCCCACCAUGGACUGACAACCGAGAAGAAUUUUCCCAAUCCAAGAAGGAGUCGUGUCUGACCUACACUGGGCUUCCCUCAGAACUCUGAAUGAUCUCAUGCCAAGAAUUCCCACCCUGAGGUGGGUUACAUACCUGCCCAACGGCCAAAGGAACUGCCUUGUGAGACCAAAUCGCUGACCUGGGUCAGUGCAUGUGCUUUAUUGUGUGGUGCAUCUUUGAAGAUCAUCGCCAUAUUUUACUUUUGAGAGUCUUUAAAGAAGAAGGGGAGUGGAGGGAACCCUGACCUAGGCUUCAGGAGGCCCGCAUCCUACACAGGCUCUGCCACAGGAGUUAGACCCCAGGUCUGACACUUGGCCUUCCUGGGCCUCAAGUUCCCUCCCCUAUCAAAUGAGGGGAUGGACAGCAUGACCUCUGGGUUUCUCUCCAACUCAUCAGUUCUAAAGAGGAUAUCAGAUUCUAUUGUGACUUCAUAGUGAGAAUUUAUGAUAGAUUAUUUUUUAGCUAUUUUUUCCAUGUGUGAACCUUGAGUGAUACUAAUCAUGUAAAGUAAGAGUUCUCUUAUGUAUUAUUUUCAGAAAAGGGAUGGUGGUGACUCCUUUAUAUUCAUACUGCACUUUGUUUUUCCAAGGAAAUCAAUGUCUUUUACAUCGUUAUGAUGAAUCCCACAUGGGCCAGUGAUGGUAUGCUGAAGUUCAGCCAUUGAACACACAGGAAUGUCUGUGGGGUGACUCUACUGUGCUUUAUCUUUUAACAUUAAGUGCCUUUGGUUCAGAGGGGCAGUCAUAAGCUCUGUUUGCCCCUCUCCCCAAAGCCUUCAGUGAAUGUGAAAUGUGUGCUAAAUGGGGAAACCUGUUUAAUUCUAGGUAUAGGGUGAAAGGAAUGAGGACCUUGAAUUAGCUAUAUUCAGGGUAUCCGGUAUUUUGUAAUAGGGAAUAGGAAACCUUGUUGGCUAUGGAAUAUCAGAUGCUUUGAAUCAUGCACUAUGUCGAAUAAACUUAUCUGCUAAAUCAGG